CAAUUUGACAGUUUACGAUUUCGUGUGUCGUGUCAUAUUUGUCUUAAUUUUAAAGUGAAAUUUUAAUAAAAACAUUUAUUUAUCAGUCUUUAGUCUCGCUUACCAUUUAACUAUCUGUGGCUAUAUUUUUUUCAUCAAUCUUUCAAUACGGCGGGGCGAAGCAAUAUGAGAAGAGCACGGGACGGCUAUCAAUAUCAGCCCAUACCAAGGGUUGCGACUGAAGAUGUCUUGGAACAUGAAAAUGAAAGAAUGGCAGAGGAACUUAGCGGAAAAAUCAGUACAUUAAAACAUAUGUCUAUAGAAAUUGGUAAUGAAGUGAGAAUACAAGAUAAGAUUUUACGCGGACUCGACGAUGAUGUUGAUAGAAGUUCGGGGUUCUUGGGCAAAACUAUGGGCAGAGUAUUAAAAAUGGGAAAGGGAAAUCAUAAUUAUUAUAUAUUUUAUUUAUUUUUAUUCUCCAUAUUUGUGUUUUUCUUGCUUUAUAUUGUUUUGAAAUUUAGAUGAUUUCCUUAAUCCAUUUCAUUCUGUACUAUGUAUAAAUGUUUUUACUUUGAAAUC